CUCCCCAUGUUGCCAAUUUCACUCAUCCUCCUCGCUGCGUUGGCCAGCCCCGCACUCGCUGGCGUUCAGGAGAUAUGGUGGAACCUUACCUACGUCCAGAACGCGAACCCAGACGGCCUCUUUCCACGACGCGUCGUCGGCGUUAAUGGCUCUUGGCCGCCACCGCCAGUCAAUGUGCAGACGACUGACUCGCUCUUGGUCCACGUUACAAAUUCUCUUUCGGACUCUGCCACCUUGCAUCACCAUGGCAUGUUUUUCAACACUACAUCUUGGAUGGACGGUGCCCAAGGCAUUAGCGAAUGUGGUAUACCCCCUAGUGGUACCUUCGAUUACAUCGUCCCCAUCAACUCCUCUGGCCAAUGGGGCACCUACUGGGUGCACGGCCACUCAUCUGGUCAAUACGUCGACGGUCUGCGAGCACCUCUGGUUCUUCACCCUCCAAAAGAAGUCGCAGCAUACGACGAAGAAUUCACUAUUGUUCUUGGGGACUGGUAUCACGAAGAACACGCUGUCUUGCUGAAGAAGUUCAUCAACAUUGCGAAUCCUGGAGGUGCCGAGCCCGUCCCUGAAUCUGGAUUAAUGUACUUUGCCCAAAACUCCACCUACCUCGGGCCUAUUGCUGGCUCAAAUCCAGCCCCUGUCACAAAUGCGGUUGGGUUCAACGAAAACGCCACCCUGCCCUUCCAACCAGGAAAGACAUACCGCUUGCGUAUCGUCAACACGGCCGCAUUCGCCAUGUUCUACUUCUGGAUCGACGGACAUGACAUGCGUAUCAUAGAAGUCGACGGCACUGACGUGGAAGAGUAUCCGAUAGACUUAAUCGCCCUGACUGUUGCACAGCGGUACUCGGUCCUCGUCACAGCGCGCAACGAUACUUCCUCCAACUGGGCAAUCCACGCCAACAUGGACACAGACAUGUUCGACGUCGUCCCACCGGCUUUAAAUCCCAACGUCACAUCCUCCGUCAUUUACAACGCCUCCGCGACAUUGACCGAUAACGGGUUCGUGGAUGAGUACCAUGACGUGAACGAUACAGCCCUCGUGCCCGUCAUCGUCGAGGCUCAGCCCGCCGCAACCAAGACGAUCGAGCUCGAAGUCUCCUUCGACACCAUGGACGACGGCACCAACAGAGGGAUGUUCAAUGGAAUCACGCAUAACAAUCCCCUCGUCCCUGCUGUCCUGUCCGAGCUCACACUGGGCGAGAACGCGACGGUUCCAGGGGCUUACGGACCUACGAGCUUCGUCGUUGAGUAUGGUGAUGUCAUCGAUAUCGUGAUUAAGAAUGGAGACGCCGGAAAACAUCCUUUCCAUUUGCACGGACACAAACCCAUGCUCGUUGGCCGCGCGACCGACUAUACUUCUUCUGACCCUACGCUGAACCCGCCCAUUGUAGAAGGGCAGGCGAAUCCCAUCCGCAGGGACGUGGUAGGAAUCCCAUCCAUGGGAUCAGCGACGAUGCGAGUGGUGGCUGAUAACCCUGGAGUGUGGUUUUUGCAUUGUCACAUCGAAUGGCAUCUCGAAGUCGGACUGUCCGUCCAGUUUGUCGAAGCGCCUCUGCAGGCUCAACAGCAUUACGGCGUCCCGCAAAAGUUGCUGGAUAACUGUAAAGCUCUGAAUAUCCCCACGUCAGGAAACGCUGCUGGCAUUGCCUCAGCAACCGACCUCCAUGGUCUUCCUUUGGGUCCUUACCCACAAAUUUUGGGAUGGCGACCGAGGGGUAUUGGUGCUAUGUUUGGAUGUGUCUUGACAGCAGCUCUAGGCAUGCUCAGCGUGGUUUGGUACUCCCUUGGCGGGCAAGUCACGGAAGAGGAGAUGGAGCGAGAGGUUCAUGAGCAGAUCCUCGCAAAGGAAAAACGGGGCAAGUUGUUUGGUCUCAUAAAACCUAAGAAGAGGGAGGCUUGAGGGUAGUUUUGAGGAUGCCGCUGUGGAAAAGGAUUGUUUGUUAAUUGGUCAGUUAGUUACCCCCCCUAUUUACGACUUUACGCGAUGUGUGUACGAUGAGAGAACACGUUUUGAUACAGUUGGGAUCACGUAUAUCCCUGUC